CCAAAGUAGCAGUCUUGUCCCAGGUCAGCAGGUCAGCGUGUCCGGUCCGUCCCGUCUGCCCCCGCUCCCACGGCUCCAGCCACCGCUGUCAGAUUAGCCUUCCUGAGACUUGAAAGUCCUCGGGUGAAGGCCACAUGCCGAGUUAGCAUCGGAGUGACGUUGGUCUUGCUCAGCCCCUCAACCGGCUUCGUCAUCAGCACAGAAGGACCCCUCUUAGGUCUGGAAUGAGGGACACGUGAAGCUGGCCAGGCUGGCCUGGGAACGGGUGCUCGGUUAGCCCGGGCUUUCGGAGUUCACCUGGUACUGGAAGUGCUUUACGAGGAAACUGGUCAUUUCCUCCAGCCAUUUAGUUUUUCCCCCUUAGCUUUGCCUCAUCUUAACCGGAUCAGUUGGUGGCCCUUGAAGGUACCUCGCCUUCUCACUUCCGUGGGGUUCCCCUGCACAGAACGGGGGCUGCAUUCACCGCCUCUUCUGUAUCUCCUGCCAAAACCAGCCGACACACUGGGCCUCUUAAACGCCUCCGUGCAGGAACUCACUCCUGGAAAUAAAUGAUUCUCUUCCCAUGGCAAUUUAGCAGUUUUUCUACUCUACCUAAACUUUAUUUUUAAAUAACUUCAGUCAACUACAGAAGUAAGAAAAGCACCAAGAAGCGCCAUGUGCUGUUUGCCAAGCUUCAUCUGUCAUUUCACAUUCUGCUCACUCUCUAAAAAGCGUGGGCCAUUUACUUUAUAAGGUGCUGUGUGUCUGAUGUCUCCUCAGGAGUAGACUGAGUGUGUGCUUUUGGCAGGAACAACACGGAGGUGACGUGGCGCUGGGGCCUCGGUAUUGUGCCAGGAGAGUGCGAGGCUGCUUGGCCAUCAGUCUCCCUGGGUCACCUGUGAGGGGUGCCAGUAGGUGACUGUCUUUUCUGUAGUCAACGGUUAAAAGGGGAAAUACUACAAAACUAUAAAAUCUCUUUCGUUAGCAAACGUCGACCUGCUUUAGCGUUCGUUAAUAAUCCUGUUGAGACAAUCCUUGUGAUUUCAAGCGGCGAUGUUCUAAGUCUGUCAUUCUUUCUACCUUUAUUAGUUGGCUUUCUGCCUCCCCCAUUCAUCAUCCAUCAUCAGUGUAGACCCACAAAUUCUGUUUCCUCAGUAGUCACAAGCCAGUACUGUCAUUUGUUUUGAUGUUUAGACUAUUCCAAAUUUGGCCGGUGGGAAUCCCUUCAACCUGGCUCCUGUGCCCAUCUGACAUCUUCCCAGGCCUCCUUUUCCGAGAAGUUACUUUGGCAUGACAGGAUGUACAGGCUUCUCUUGUGUUUUCUCCCACGUUGGCGCACAAACCAGCUGUCGUUCCUUCUAGUGGAGAGGCGCUUAGAAGCCCGACCUCUGGGUGCUGGCGUGCUCACCCUGGUGACCUUUCUGCAUCUGUACCUGUUUAUCUGCUUUAGCCCCUUAUCUGGUUUCACUUUUCAUGGCUGAAAAUAUUAAAUGAAAAAUUCCAGAAGUGAACAAUUCAGAAGGUUUAAAUGGCAUUCCGUUCUGAGGAGUGCGAUGGGAUCUCGCACCUUCCUGCCCUGCCCUGCCCUGCCCUGCCCGGGACCGGGACUGGCCCUUCGUCCAGCGUCUCCAGCUGUAGGCACUCUCUGUCCGUCAGUCACUUAGCAGGCAUCUCAGUUACCAGACUGGCCUGUGGGGUCACAGUGCUUGUGUUCAGGUCACCCUUAUAUUAGCGUCCCCAAAGUGCAAGAGUGGAGAGUGACGCUGCCAGUUCGCAUGCGCCACAGGGACGCUGCACCGUGCUUUCAGUAAAAAGGUGAAAGCUCCCGCUUUAAGGAAAGGAAUUAUAUGCUGAGGUUGCCAAGGUUUACAGUAAGAAUGAAUUUUAGGUAAUAUAUAAAUUAAGCCUUAUUGUCUAUGUAUGUAUAGGAAAAAAGGAUACACAGGGUUUGGUACUGUCUGUUUUCGGGCAUCCCCUGGGGGUCCUGGAGCGUCUCCCCUGCAGAUGAGGGGGGCCACGGUACAUACUUACACUAAAACUCGGUCCAGCACCACAGGGCACCUGGCGCCCAGCCCCUGCUCGGUCCUGCAGUCCACAGAGUUGGUCCAGAACUGCUGUCCAUUCCCUGUGAGAGCCUGCAUAGAAGUCAAGGGUGCAGGGUACUGUGGUCAAAGGUAUGUUGGGGCAGGUUUUUUCCUUCCCUGUGGGGUAUAGUUAGGGUCAUUGGACACUGUACAAUUUCAGGGUUUUUUCCCCAUCCUUGUUCAUUUAGGUUUUUGAAUACAUAAAACAAAUGGACUAAAAGUCAAGCACACAAGAAAGGUCACUGGCCUGCUCUCGUUUCUGGCUCCUGCCCUCCCCGUGGGUAACAGUGUCCCCUCCUGUUUUGUUUGUUUUUUUACUUUUUUUUCUUCCCAAAAUAAGCAGAUUCGUGUGUCGCCGAUUCACCUUUCUUAUACAAAAGGCCGUUGACUGUGUGUACUCGCUUGUCCUCUUAGUGACACAUCAGGAGAUGGUGUGACGUCUGCUUGCAGCAUCGCAUUCUUCACGGUUGCAGUGUUUUCUGUUUGCGGAUCGGGCAGUUUUUAAUAGUUUGCGAUUACGAGUAACGCUGUGAUUAGAGCUGAAUCGUGCUGUUGCGGGGCUCUCCCCCCCGCCGCUGUUGUGUGAGCUGCUCCAGGUCACAGGUGUCAGACACCCUUCUGUUCCCCAAAGUGCUUACAUCAAGCCCUCGGCCUCUGCACAUCCUCCUGAGCUCUUAGGGCCCGUGGGAAACCCGCUGUCACCUCCUGUCCUGCUUGUCUCCUUGCAUUUCAGGGUUGAGGGUGAGCAUCACAGCGUCGCCUCCUGCUGUGUCCACCCUUUCCGUAGUGCCCUGAGCAGGUGGCCCGGCCCCUCCUCCUGCCCAGACAGCUGAGCAGCCCUUCCCGGAAAACUUUAUCGUCAUGUCUCCUCCUCAGUGGACUUGUCCUUCUCAUGUCGGGCUUUGCUGGGAUUACCCAUGUGACACCUCCCAAAGAGAAGGUCCAGAGCUUUGGACAAGCAUAAGGCCGUUAAUUAAGGAGAAGUUGGGCCAGGGCGUCACCCUCGUCGUGGACAGAUAUGCUUUUUCUGGUGUCGCCUUCACCAGCGCUAAGGAGAAUUUCCACCUGGACUGGUGCAAGCAGCCAGACGUGGGCCUCCCGAAGCCCGACCUGGUCGUGUUCCUGCAGCUGCAGCUGGCCGUGGCCGCGGCCCGGGGCGAGUUCGGCCGUGAGCGCUACGAGAACAGGGCGUUCCAGGAGCGGGUGCUGCAGCGCUUCCACCAGCUCAUGCGGGACCCGGCCCUGAACUGGAAGGUGGCAGUGUCGACACCUCCCAGGAGAAUGUGCCGGCAGGGAGCAGUGUGGAGCGCUGGCUGCAGAGGGAGGCAGGCAGGGUUCCUGUCUGCCCGCCCUGGGGGGCCCAUGAGUAGGGACAGCAGCAGUGGGUCUCAGCGCCCUUCCUUCAGAGGCCAGGAGACUGGAUUGAGGCGUGACAAAGCAAUGUGACGCUCGCUUUGACAUCAAGUUGACCCCAGGAGGCCAGUGUCACAGCUCACAGAGCCACGUCAGAGGCAAGCUAUGCCUGCCAAGUGUGGGGGAGAUGGGCUUGCCACAAGUCCACAAAUCCUGAGAAUCUUCCAAGUAUAACUCGAGGGAAAAUGAAGACAGAGACAAACUUUGUUUUCUAC